AUGGAAGUACCCGGCACCGCUCCAGUUGCAGCCAAGGAAGUCGUGGCAUCCCCAGCAGGCUAUGCACCGCCGUCCAUGGCGCAGACAUACAUGCGCGGUCCCCUGACGGUUUCGGGGAGUGGCAAGCCGUUGAGUGCGGAAGAGCUGGCUGCCUGCAAAGAGGAGUUGGAAGCCAUCAAGAAGGAGUUUGGACUUCACGAACCCGACAGAGCUCACAUGAACGAGGAAGGCACCAAGUGGCGCUUCGGUGGGGUCCCGGAUUAUUCCUUGGUCAACCUGAAAUACUUGCAAGGGAGGACCAAGAACCACGCAGCGGGGUCACUGGAACUGAUCGUGGAGAACCUGGUGAAGACAUGGGAGAUGGAACGAUCGCACAAAGUGGAUCCCAACCAACACCGCAGCGUGGAUCCGGAGAAGUUUCAGAUUGGCGCCAAUGGAUGGACGAAGUACGGCAACGAGGAGGCCAACACGGUGGGCAACUACAACGUCCUGCUGAGCGGCUGCCCGGCAAAACUCUACGACUCCUCCCAGACCACCUGGGAAGAAUCGCACGCGAAGUUCCACAAUGCCUUUGCCGCCUUCCCUUGGGAGCUGCUGGAGGUUUUCUCGGGACCUCCGAAGGUGGCCUUCACCUGGCGUCACUGGGGGGAGUUCACAGGGACCUACGAGGACAACAAGGGCAAGGGCGAGUUGGUGGAGGUCUUCGGCUUUGGGGUGGCAAUCGUGGAUGACCAGCUCAGGUUGGUGGAUGUGGAGAUCUUCUACAAGGCGGAGGCCUUUCUGGAGGUGCUGCGUGGCGAGCGCCCAGCAGAGGAGUUGAGCCGCGGCCGUGAUCUGCUCGGGGUAGCCGCAGCAUCAGGCUGUCCGCAUUUGAAGACCCAGGUGCCUAGUUGA